AAUAAAACAAAAAUUUGUACAACGAUUAUUAACAAAGCAAACCAAUGUGACACUGUGUAUUUCUGGAUAUGUCCUAUUAAAUGAAGGCGAAUUUGCUUCGUUUGUAAUUAAUUUGACAACAAAUUAAGCUUACAUAUUGAAAUAAGUACAAGUAUUAUCAUUACCUUAAUUAUGGACCCUGAUCUCCCAAGCGUCCCCGUCACAACAUUAGCUGGCCUAACAAGCACUUCGGAUUUGCUCAGCGAAUUACCAGUAUCAGAUUCUCUUCAAAGCGCCGCUUCUUUAAAUAAAUCACUGUUGUUCCAUUCGUUGGUGGCCAAUGAAUCCAAUAAUUUACUAUCAGUUCGAGAUGAAAACCUCGUCAGGCAAUUGGUUAAUGCCAUCGAACAAACAAACUCUGAUAAUAUUGAACUAAAGCCGCAAUACACUAUUCAGCAACAUGGAGCUAACAUAAGCACAUAUCCAGAGCUGCUGCAGGGUAUUUAUAAUUUUCGCCCAACAGUUUUUAAUACGCCUCGGAAAUCUGUGAUAAAUGAUGGAGCGUCACAGCAUCAGCAACGACAGUAUAACAUAGCCCCAAACGACCGACCAUUCCAAUCAAAAUCGCUUGGCCUUGUUAAUAAAAUAUGCCAAACCGCCUACAACUUAAAUGUUGUUCAGCAGCAGCAGCAGCAGCACCAACAACAGAGCCCAAGCAGUUAUGUGGACCAAUCAGUCAGCAUGAAUAUAUCAAGGCUCUUACCAAAUCAAGAUGGAACGAGCAAAUCAAAUUUGCAUUUGGAGGAUUUAAUUCAAACACAAGUUCACAGAAGUCCUAACAUUGCGGUAUUGGAACCUAUAACACAGCAAAACAUAACAGUACAGAAUAAACACCAAGGACCUCUAGUCGAACACCAACAAGAUCCGCAGUUUCAAUAUGCGUGCAUCAAUCAAGAAAAAAGUGUAAAUAACGAAACAAAAUGUAGUGUGGACAGAAUAUCAACAUUCCAGCAUAUUGGACAGCAUCAAUUUAAUCACCAAAUUCAAACAGAAACAUUACAUCAAAACGUUCAUCAACCACAAGUUUCGACAACUGCAAUAUCGACAAUUCAAGGAAAUUUUACAAAUGUUUUAAAUCUGCAAAGGGAGCAAUUUGCUGAUACAGCCGCGACACAAACGAUGCAAUCGCCUCUGCCGGCUCAUCACUUUUCUCCCGCAUUGCCAACUAGACAAAGUGCAUUAGGAAAUGAAUAUCUUCAAUGUAAAAAUGCUACAUCUACAACAACUUCGACAUCAACGUCAUCAAGCGGCAAAUCCCAGGUUCGGGUAUGUAUAAAUCGCCUUAACGUUGAGGAUGCUCGUCUUAUGCAACAGAGUAUUAAAAAGUUUGUACAAAAGUCACCAGAAUUGGCUAGAAAUAUGGGGUUACUACAGGAAUCAUCAUUAAAACACAGUGACAGUCAAACUUAUCUACCUUUAUCUACCACCGACCUAUUGGGAAUGGGAUUAACUAGCAGUGGCACAAACGAAACACGAAUCAUAACCAGCGCUCAAGCAUCUGCCUCAGUUGAUGUAUUUACAGUCAUUAAAGCUGAUGAAAAGCGUUCCAGCGGUAAACGAAAAAUGGCUGUUUCACUAGGAGAUAUUCCACCAGACCAAAUAUUUUCUAAGCCAAAACUUCGACGUGUUGAACGAAUACUGGCACUACCGACACCAAAAGGUACAAAAGAAGAAAUCACGCGCUCACAAACAUACCAGCAAUUUAUGAGAAAUAUGGAGCAAAUUAUUGAAAUGUUGGACGAUACAGAAUCACCUAAUUUUGAUUCAGAAGAAGUCGAUGAAAAUAUUGAGUGCAUUUCACCGAAACUUCUAAACACAAUGAGUAACGAUGUUGCCAAGUUAAAAGCUAAGCAAGCUUUAGACUCAAUACCAAAAAAUAAAUUAACCCUCCUUAUUAAUUAUGCAAUGAGAAAUGUUUAUUUGGCCAGAAAUUAUUCUGCAGGACCGGAUGAUGAGGAUGAGAUUGUAGAUGAUGAAGUCAUUGAAAAAAUAUUAAAUGCAAUGGAUGCUUGCUUACUCAUAUGCAAUAUUUACUCAACAGUGAGCGAUCUUAAGUUUUUGCAAGAGGAUAAUAUUUCGCACAUUAUAAAGUUUGCUCAGUUUCAAUUGCGUGAAACAAUAUUUCCAUUACAUGAUCCUGUUUAUACAGUUCAUAAAAGUGUGAAAAAAACCAACCAACGCAAAAAAACAAAAUCACAGCAAAGCCAUCAUAGAAGCUUGCAACUGUUUUAUUCAAAAGCUGUUGAGCUUCUCAAGGUAUUUGUGGCGCUAUUCGACAAGUGUAUUUUUGUUGAUACUAUAGUAUUACCGCUGUCAACGCUCGCUAUUGAACCAUUUUUUGUAGACAAUAUUGAAACAUUGCAAUUUGUAUGCUUGGAACUGGUGACAACUAUAUUUCGCAAAGAAAGAUAUGAUAAAAUACGAAACAGUAUUUUGGGAGACAUAUUAUCAUCAAUUGACAGAUUACCGUCAUCAAAAAAAAAUCUUCGCCCAUAUAAGCUAACCAAUAAUGGUGGAAAUAUUCAAAUGGUUACCGCACUAGUCCUUCAAUUGAUUCAAUGUGCAACAAUUUUAACAGAUUCAUUUUGUGAUUCAAAUAAAAGUAGUUUGAAACACCAGUCUAUGCAAGAUUAUGAUGAUGACGUUCCAAGUGGUGCUUCACAAAUUGUGAAACCCAAUCAAGAUAUACUAGUGUUAAAAAAGUAUGAUGUCGCUGUUAGUAUUGGUGGAAACUUUUUGACAACCUUUCUUAAUAAAUGCAAGUCUCGAACGAAUGAAACUGAUUUCCGCCCACUAUUCGAAAAUUUUAUUCAUGAUUUAUUGGCUACUGUCAAUAAACCCGAAUGGCCGGCAUCGGAAUUAUUGUUAUCUUUGUUGGGAACUAUGCUAGUGCGGUAUGUGUCAGACAAGGGCAUAGAGCAAAGUAUACGCCUUGUUUCAUUGGAUUAUCUUGGAAUAGUUGCAGCGCGCUUACGAAAAGAUACCGUAGAAUCUCGGUGUAAAGUAAAUAUCAUUGAUUCAAUGAUAAAGUCAAUAAAAGCUGAGCAAGAGAAGGAAGGUGAUUUAGUAGUAACAAAUCCGAAAAUCGAACUUCAUCCUGAGGAGCAACGAACGGAAUUUCUGCAAAAAAUAUUACUUGAUUUUUUAGCUGUGAACGCUCAAGAGGAGAAUUUAAUAUGGGACUAUGCGCGUCACUUCUAUUUGGCACAAUGGUAUCGAGACCUUAUUUAUCAACGGCGUCGGAUAAAAAAUGGCGAAAAAGGUUUCGCUAAAAAAAAGCCAAAGUCUCGUUUAAAACAAAAGACUGGUGAAUAUUCAGACACGUCCGAUUCUGACUCCUGUGAUGAAAAUCAGCUUGGAGAAUCAAACAAAAAUGACAACGUAAUAGACUAUGAACUUAAUCUAGAAAUUUUUAAUGUUUUGGAAGAACGAAAACAGUACUUGAUUAACAAAAUCAAACCAUAUUCUACUGCGGGCGAACACAAUCAUGCGUCACAUCAACAUAUAAAAACUUAUAUUGAUUACAAUAACGCUCAGUUAAUAUCGCAAUAUUUAGCAACAAAAAGACCAUUUAGUCAAUCGUUUGAUGGAUGCCUUAAGAAAAUUAUACUUGUCGUGAAUGAACCAUCCAUAGCUGUGAGAACUCGUGCAAUGAAAUGUCUUGCGAAUAUCGUUGAAGUGGACCCUUUGGUUCUAAAACGAAAAGAUAUGCAGAUGGGUGUUAAUCAAAAAUUUUUGGAUACAGCUAUAUCAGUACGUGAAGCAGCAGUCGAUUUAGUUGGAAAAUUUGUUCUUAGCAAUGAGGAACUGAUAGAUCAAUAUUACGACAUGCUAUCAACCCGAAUACUGGACACUGGAGUUUCUGUAAGAAAGCGUGUAAUAAAAAUUUUGCGUGAUAUUUGCAUUGAAUAUCCAGAUUUUGAUAAAAUUCCCGAAAUCUGUGUAAAGAUGAUUCGUCGUGUUAAUGACGAGGAAGGAAUUCAAAAACUUGUCACUGAAGUUUUUAUGAAAAUGUGGUUCACGCCUUGUGUUAAAAAUGAUAAGAACGGGAUACAGCGAAAAAUAAAUCAAAUCAUUGAUGUAGUAAAUACAGCUCAUGAUACUGGCACUACCUGGUUAGAAGGACUUUUAAUGAGCAUUUUCAAGCCGAAAGAAAAUAUGUUAAAAUUUGACGGAAGUGUUCAAGAGCCAGUAAAAAAAAAUACUGAGCCUCCACAAGAGAUUGUGCUAGCCUGUCAACAAUUAGCAGAUGGCCUUGUGGAUCGUUUAAUUGAGCUCGAGGAUACUGAUAACGCGCGUAUGCUCGGUUGUAUUACAACGCUACAUCUUCUUGCUAAAGUGCGACCUCAACUACUUAUUCGACAUGCAAUGACAAUCGAGCCGUAUUUAAAUAUUAAAUGCCAUUCUGCGACGGCUGCGAAAUUUAUUUGCGCUGUGGCUGAUAUUCUAGAAAAGGUUGUCCCUCUUGUAAACAACGCUAGUGAGUCAUUUUUGGCGUCGCUCGAAGAGCAUUUGAUGCUUCUGGUGGUUUCCCGCAAUCAGGCUGAAGUUACUAGCUGUGUGUCCUGUCUGGGUGCGUUGGUUAACAAAAUAACAAAGAAUUAUAAAUUAAUUCGUGAUUGUUUUCAAAAGUUUUAUCGUAUUUUGGAGAUUUCUCGAAAUCAAGUUGAGCAACAUAAUGCCAGCAUUGACAACAUAUACACACCAAGUUUUCGGAGAAGUUUAUUUACAAUUGGUAUUUUGAUGCGAUAUUUCGACUUUAAGUCCCCCAUCGCAUUAGGUGAAUCAAAGAGUGGUCUUCCUAUUUCAAUAUGUGACAACGUUUUUGAAUGUCUUAUGUUCUUUUGUGGAUGCUCAAACCAUGAAAUUCGAAAGCAAGCACUUAUAUCACUUGGCUCAUUUUGUGUUAUGAAUGAUGAUUACUUGACCCGAUCUGAACUUAAACAAUAUUACUGUGAUUUACUGAGAUCAACAUCCAAUGAUGGAGGGAUUAAAAUAAUUUGUAUGCGUAACAUUUGGAUUUAUUUGACAGAAUCUGAAAUGUUCAUGCAUAAUAAGGAAAAAGAAUGGGAAAAACAAUCAAAGCAUGAGGACCUAAAAGAAAUGAAUGAUGUUUCGUCCGGCAUGGCAAGUCGUAUUAUACAGCUUUAUUUAGAGGAAAUACUCGAUUGUUUUCUUAAUCGUGAUGAUACAGUACGUCUGUGGGCAGUUAAAGUUGUGCAAAUAGUUUUGCGUCAGGGACUGGUACAUCCUGUCAGAAUGGUGCCUUAUUUGAUUUGCUUGAGUACAGAUUGUAAGGUUGAAUCAGCACAUAGAGCUGAUGCCCUACUGAAGGACAUUGACAAGACUUAUGCCGGAUUUGUUAAUAUGAAGGUACAAUUUGGGCUUCAACUCUGUUUCAGGCUUCAAGAAGUUUUGCAAGUAAAUAGUAAAACAAAAAAUGAAAUCAUAAGGGGAUAUGCUAAACGGGGCCCAGAUCAAGUAACGACGGCCUUAAAUGACUUUUUGUACACAUUGCUGAGGAUAACAAAGCCCCAAAGACGAGCUUUAGUUCAAACCGUGACAAAACAGUUUGACGACCAAAAAACUUCUUUGCAACAAAUGUUGUAUAUAGCUGACAAUCUCGCAUAUUUUCCCUAUGUAGUCCAGGACGAACCGUUAUACCUGAUACAUCAAAUUGAUUUACUUAUUUCAAUGGCUGGGACACAUUUGUUAGCCACUUUCAAAGAACAUUUGCGACCAAGUGAAAAGGGUGGAGAUGUUCUCGAAGACGAUGACGAUGAGGAAGAUCCUCAUGUUCUCUUCAGCCGAUUGCCUGAAAAUAUGACUGAAAUAAGGAAAUGCAUUACGUCAGCCCAAGCGUGUAUGCUACUUCUGGUACUUAAAGAACAUUUGAAGGAAAUGUAUGGUUUAACGGAUGGAAAAAUAUCCCGAUACUCCCCAUCAGAACAAAAAAUAUAUGAAAAAGCUGUUACACGAAAAAGCGUGACUGACUUUAAUCCCAAAACAACAAUUGAUGUUAUUAAAAAUCAAUUACAAAAUUUCAAAAACGAAGAUGAUGAGUGUUUUUCAAGCUCACUUACUAAAGAAGAAAAAAUGGACUUAGUCGUAAAGUACUUGGAUUUUAAGCAAUUGAUGCUGAAGUUGGAUCCAGAAGAUGCCGAUUCGGAAGUAGAUGAAUCGCGAGACAAGUCUAGAUUAAAUAAUUCCGGUUUCUUAGAUGAUUCUGUUACCGUGGCAAGUCAAAUGCCUGGUGAAAAAACAAACUUUGCUUCAAUGCCAAUCGUUAACAACAGCAAUAUUCAAUCAUCAACAACAUCAAUGGGUGAAAUUCAGGAUACAGCAAGUCAAGCAAUCCGAAUUUCUAAAUCAGCUCUCUCACCCGCAAAGAUGAAUGUACGUAAGCAACAACAGCGUGGGAAAAAAAAGCGUCGGAAAAUUAUGUCAUCUGACGAAGAAGAAUUUAGUGGCGAAGACAUUGCGUGAGAUCCGUUUGGAGCUUAUAUAUAUAUAUAAAUAUACAUAAAUCAUAGCUUAGUCUUAAAUUGUAUUUAUCUUUAAGUAAGUAUGUAAAUCUGACUCCUUAUUGUAAGAAUUAAUGUAUAAUA